GAUUCCCCAUCGGCACCCAGCGAUCGCCAAGGAACACUGACAGGGAGAGGUCUGUAUGUAAACAAUACAGAUCUCUCCCCUGUCAGCUCCAGCAUGCUACAGGGACCAGCAUGCUGCUUUGCAUUGCUCUGCAUAGCAGAGCAAUACAAAGCAGCAUGCUUAUAUAAUAAAACAGCACACAGUUAACCCUUUGAUCACCCCAGAUGUUAACCCCUUCCUGCUCAGUGUCAUUAGUACAGUGUCAGUGCUUUUUAUUAGCACUGAUUGCUGUAUUAGUGUAGCUAGGAAUGUCAGUGGCAAUUAGUCAGUUCCUCCCCCAGUGUCAGAAUGCCAGCUGCCGUCCCACAGUCCCGCUAUAAGUCGCUGA